AACUUUUAAAUUUUUGGUCUCUGAUCUCUUACAUCACCUCUGUAUCGCAAUGAGUAACGGGAGUCACGCGCUGCCACCAAACGGAGAUGGCGAUCACGAGGAGUCGUCUCCCUGGCUCGCAUUGAUGGACACAGAUGCGAUAGAGGACAACUUCACAGAGCACUAUGGCGCCGAAGAUGUGCGCGACGAGCUGCGCCACAUAAUGGAGCGCUACAAUGAUGCCCUCCCAGGUGCCGAUGUCGAUGGAGAGGUAAGGGCAUGGCAGUCCCUGGCUCAGGAUGAGGACCUUUCGGCCAACUCACUAUCGGAUACCACCUCCGUGCUGACGCUUAACACGUCACCGGCCAGCACCAACAUUGCGGAGCAGUAUGAGCGUCGGGAUCGUGAUCACGGGGAGCCCCCGAGGGUGAACAUAGAUGGGUUGCCGCCGCCAUCCCUUAAUCUCCAGUCCAUUCACUCGUUGCCCCAUCUGCUGGCAAGGCCACACUUGGCUGGCCAAUUGCGUGGAUUACUACCAGAGCUUAACGCCCAGCCCACUGGUGAGAAAUCGCCUCGCCACGUGGGGCUGAUGGGCAGACUGAACAAGGUGCGACUGCUGGGCGAGUUGGUGGAAGUGGUGGAGGCCGUACAGGGUGAGGAGGACUUUUGCGCACAGCUCAGCCGUCGGCUAAUGGAGUUCCGUCGAACGGGCUUUCGCGAUAUGGAGCCGCUACUCUUUGGCAGCGAAGAGCAGGCUGAACUGUUGGGACAACCGCUGGACCGAUACCACUUUGCCGAGGCCAUUGCCUAUCUGGACCAGAAUAUGCGCCUCGACAAGGAUCUCUAUCAGCUCGCUGAAGACUCCCUCAAGAAGUUCAAGACUCAACGGGCCGUGAUGUACUCGCGGGCUAGUGCGGCCCAGAGCAAGUUUUAUGACCUGCUCGACCAGCUCGUUGAAGGCGAGAAUUGCAGCGAUAUGAACAUGAGGGUGCGCAGCGAGCUGCACGAGUUAUCUGGGGCACAAAAAUGUUUGCGUAGGGUCACCAAUCAGCUGAUAUUCCAACCCCUCUCGGAGAAAACCUACAGCGAGACAAUGCGCAUGAUCAAGUGCCUGGUGGCCAAACUCUGCGUCCUAAUGCCAUUCCACAUACCGUGCACCGUACGCUGGGGACUGAUUCGCAACGAGGAAGUUACCUGCCUAACUGACUCGCUUACCGAGGACCUCUCGUCCCUGCACCUGGAACUCAGUCAGCAGCGGAGGCAAGUGUUACUCGACCGCAGCAUGGAACAGGAGCGUGCCAGCGGCCAUCUGCUGGAGCUUCACGUGGAGAGCUCCAACGCUUCGGAGGAGGAGAUUUUCGAGCCUCAGCAGGUCUACGACUCGGGCUGCAGUACAGACAGAGACUCGGACAGCAGCUCCACCACGGACCAGAGGCGCAGCAUCGACCACCGAUCGGUCCAGCAGAGCUUGUCUGAGACGGCAACUCGCCGGCAGAACUUCUUAGAGUGCAUGAAGCGUUACAAGCAGCUCGGCCUACACCUCUUCCCAUUCGACGUCAAUUGUCGGAGGAGCGAACCAGGACUGCCCAACGACAUAUCGGAAUCGGAGGAAUCGUCUUCCUCGCAGUCGCCUGCAGAAUAUGAAGAUAUUGGCGACAUGGCCGAUUGGCCCACACCAAGUAAUCACUCUGGUCUCUUUCCCAUCGAAGACCCCGAGGAACCGCCCUCCGACGACACUGAGCGGACCGUCAGUUUUAGUGACGAAGUAAUCUACGCUGAUCCAUACUGAUCAAGAGAUCAAACCACUCCAAGCUGCGCCCGUUCAAAAGCUUUCGGGCUGUAAAGGGGCGCACAUUAAAAUUCUCAGUAUAGAUACUAAAAAAAACUAGUUCUGCGAUAUACGAGUAUAAAUAAACAAGAAAUAAAAG